CAAGAACUACACGCUUGUAGUGCACCGGGGGUUUGGUGAAGCGGUAACAGCAGGAGCCACAACAACAACAAUAAUAAUAAUAAUAAUAAUAAGACCAGUGUAAACAGCACGCUGCGCGGGCACUGUCCUCCGCUGGUUUUCCCGUCAAGAAGAACAAUUAAGGGGCGGACCUACCGUGUGGACUGCAGCGAAGGCAGGAGCCCAGCAGCAGGGGAAUAAGCCGUAAAAGUAAAAGCGAGCUUGUCCACAGGUACCGAACAGUCUCAAAGUGCAUGGACAUGCGGAUAUUGGGGGGGAGCCGAGAGCGCUGCGUCUGAUUGAUAGUUUCUGAGAAGAGCCGAGCACACCGAACAGCCAUGUCCCGGAGGAAACAGAGCAAGCCCCGGCAGAUCAAACGUUCCGUGGGGGACUUGGAGGAAGGGGAUGAUAACCUUCCCGAUGAGCACAGUCUGUCGGGAGAGGAGGCCGGAGCCUCGGAUCAGGACGACUCGGCAGAGUGCGAAGACUCCAGCCCUUCUUUUGGGCCCCUGUACAACGAAGAACCAACUACAAAUGAGUCACCUGGCACACCUGAGGUGCAAGAAGAGAAGGAGCCCCACUGGAGUGGCCCAGAUGAGCUGGAGCUGUGCGUUGCCGAUGGAGACGCUAAAGUCCGGGCUAGACAGAGACUUCUGAUCGACACCGUCUGGGGACCGUACAGAGGGAAGAUUCAACAGGAAGACGCCACUGAGGAACAGGCCAGAGAGGGGCCCACAUUUAAACUUCUGCUCGAAGAUGAAGAAUGCUGGCUCUUGAAACUUUCAUUUUCCUCCAGUGAAGGUGCAGCAAAUUCCACUGUUUACAGCAAAGGUGAGGAGGUUUACUGCAAGCUGACCCAAGGGGUGUCAGAAGGGGAAUGUUUGACUGCUGUUCUAACAGCGAGCCCUGCAGAGGAGUCCACUCUGUCCAAGUCCAGUACUGCCCGGGUGAAGGAGGAAUCUCUGCCCUACCCAGCGGCACUGCACUCUGACAUUCAGCUUCUCCCGCAGCAAGCAGGCAUGGCAGCCAUCUUGGCCACAGCCGUUGUCAACAAGGACAUCUUUCCCUGCAAGGACUGUGGGAUUUGGUACCGCAGCGAAAGGAACCUCCAGGCUCACCUCAUGUAUUACUGCGCCAGCCGGCAGAGACAGGAGCCCUCCUCCCCGCCUCAGGAGAAGCCCAAAGACUCGUACCCCAACGAGCGCGUCUGCCCCUUCCCACACUGCAACAAGAGCUGCCCCAGUGCUAGCUCGCUGGAGAUACACAUGCGCACACACAGUGGGGAGCGUCCCUUCGUCUGUCUCAUCUGCUUGUCUGCCUUUACAACGAAGGCCAACUGUGAGCGCCACUUGAAAGUCCACACCGAUACACUCAAUGGAGUCUGCCAUGGCUGUGGAUAUGUCAGCACCACUCGGGACAUUCUGUACAGUCACCUGGUGACCAGCCACAUGGUCUGCCAGCCAGGGUCCAAAAGUGAAGUUAGCUCUCCAGGACCUGGCGUUCCAGCGAUACCCUUAGCAGCAGGCCUGAGUCCUACAGAGUCUGGAGCAGCUGUGAAAUGCCAGCUGUGUGGACUUCAAGCUGAGUCCCCAGCCAGUCUCCAGCAGCACAUGCUAACCCACGUAGAGGGGAAAGUACAGAAUGCGCAAAGCCCUGCCCCAGUGCAGAGCCCACCCAACCCCCUCGAGCAGCCAGAGCGACAGGAAAAGAAUCUGGAGGGAUCAGUUUCCUUACCGGAGUCUGCCAGUCCAGGAACUGAUGGGGGAGUGAUAACUCCUAGAGAGGGUAGUCCGGCGGGGGAGCUGUCAGCGGUGAAAAUCAAGGAAGAACCGAAGUCCGCCAAGGACUCCGAUUCGGAAAAUGAAGCCGAGGACAGCAGCGCAGAAGGGAGAGCCCAGGAGAAAACUGUUAAUGAUUCUUCUUCCCAGACCUCCUCGCCCAAAAGUCUGCACUCCAUCAAAGUCAAGACGGAGCUCUCCAGCCCAACCCCUGGCUCUAGCCCGGUCCAUUUUGGCACAGGUUCCAUGAUUCCUGGAGGGACUGUUUUUCUGCCCCAGUACAUGUUCAGCACAGAAGCCUCCAUUGUACCUCAGGCUUCUGAAAUCCUGGCCAAAAUGUCGGAGAUGGUGCACAGCAGACUCAAACAAGGUCAGAGCGGUGCCCCUCCCUUUUACGCAGGCUCCCCCAUCCAGAAAGGGGCCACCUGCUUCGAGUGCGACAUAACGUUCAACAACAUCAACAACUACUAUGUCCACAAGAGAUUGUACUGCUCCAGCCGGCAUCAGCAGGGAGAAAACCCCAUGGCUCUCCCCCAUGCAAAAGACAACCCCACAGCUUCAGUCCCUGCUGCAUACAGCUCUCCCCCUCCUGCCGCUGGAAGCAGAGCUCCCUCUUCCUCGCACAGCGACACAGAAACGGAGCCCUCAGGAAGCAGCAUGGAUGCCAAGGCAGUUGAAGUGAAGACUGAGGACCCUGGCCUCAAAGACACAUCUUCCGAAGGAGAGAGUGGGAGUAGAGUAAGUGAGGGCAGCCAGAGUCCCAGCAACUCUGUGGAGGACAUAGAGGACGACCCAACCAAGACUUUCUGUGAAGCCUGCAAUAUCCGGUUCAGUCGCCAUGAGAACUAUAUGGUGCACAAACGCUACUACUGUGCUUCAAGGCAUGACCCGCCAAACCAGAGGACAAGAUCCGGCAAGGUGACCUUCCUACCACAGCCAGUUCGAACCAGAAAACGCAGGAAGCUAUACGAGAUCCACAUGGCCCGCAAUGAGGCUCUGGGUAAUCCAACUUUAAGCAUCAAACAAGAGCCUAUAGCCAUGGUUGGGAGACCACUAGACCCUUCGCCCAUGCCAGUAGCCAUGAUCACAGCAGCAGGGACUGGCACAGUACCAUCUCCUAGCUCAAGCCCAGAAGGAGAUGGUCCCAUUGACCUCAGCAAGAAACCCCGCCUGCAAGAAGAUCAGCUGCCCAUUCCCGUGCUUCCCCUAACCGACUACCACAAAUGUACAGCAUGCAGCAUCAGCUUCAAUAGCAUAGAAAACUACCUAGCCCAUAAGACGUAUUAUUGCCCUGCUACCACGCUACAGCAGAAAACAUUCGAGCAGCUUCACAGAAUGAAACGGUCCUCCUCUAAUUCGCCAAAAGCCAGAAUCCCAGAAAAGGCUGAUUUCCAAGCGGAACAUUUAGACAUUAAGGGGAUCAAAACAGAAAAGAAUCCUUUGGCAGUCCCUGUUCCAAGUCCAGCUUGCACUAAUUCCACUACUUUGCCUGGAACUUCUUUGCCAAGUUCAGAGGGUGUCACUCCACACCAGACUGCUUUCUUGAAGGCCUUACCUGUCCUGCCAAACACUUCCCCUGUUGUUUGCCCCUACUGUCCCCUCAACGGAGCUAUCAAGGGUGACUUGAUGGAGCAUUUCAAAAAUGUGCAUGGCCUUCUGUUGACCAUGCAGGCUAUAGGACAUGCAGCACAGGCUGGCAACCUUAAGGAAGUCUCCCAACAAAGUAGACACCAGUCAGAGAGCCAGCCUGCCCAGGCCAGCCCAAUUCCCAGUCCCAGAAUUGUUCCCAACACGCCCCCGAAGCUGGGGUUCAAGAGCCGAAACGACAACGUGAACGGACGGGAGAUGAAAGAGACGGGCUCACCCUCCUCGCCUGUUGUCAACGGCAACCCCGCCGGGCCCAGUGCCACCUCGCCGAAGCUGGCUCCGCCCGUUUCGCCUGCUGCCGCCACAGCUGCAGCGGUGUCACUUAAUAUCUCACCAGUGCCUGAAGUGCUAAGGGAGGCCUCGCUCAAACCGCUGACACCCCCUCUCCUCGCAGACAAGCCCACCCCUGCACCCAAGGGGACAGCGCCCCCCGUACAGAAUGGCAACAGCCGAUACUGCCGCUUAUGCAACAUCAAGUUCAGCAGCCUUUCGACUUUUAUAGCUCACAAAAAGUACUACUGCUCUUCACAUAGUGCGGAGCAUGUGAAAUGAAUCUUCACUACAGCAGGUGACUUUCAUUCUGAAACUGCACCACAGACUGUGUAAAUGCUACUGACCCGCCCAAGAUACCUAACCCAGAGAGCGAUGGCUUAAAAAGUCCUUCUGUCAAGUAUUCUCCAGCAUGAAGGGAACAGAAAUUAGGCUGUUAAGACUGUUACUUGUGUGGCAUUUGGUUGUCAUGUUGUUUCCUAAUGCCUGUUAUUGUUACUUAAGCAUCUUAUUAUUUGUGUCAUGGGUCAAGUUUUACACUAAGAAAUCAGAUAGCUGUCCACUGAAGUCCAACUUUCCUACCUGCCCUGCACCCUACCAUGGAUACAAAUCCUAUGUAGAAAAAAAGUCUCAUGCAUUGUGUUGAAGUUUAGCUUUUACCCUCUUAAUAACCCUCUUAAUUUUGCUUGGCAAAAUUUGGUUUAUACAGGUUUUACUUUUAAAUAAUUAACAUAAUUUGCCCUCUUUUAAAAUGUUUAUUUCCUAGAGAUUUUAAUUAUAAUAAUCACCGUCAGUUGUUGGCGAUACAGAUCUGUAUUAUAUGGUCCUGGUAUUUUCUGGACAAGUGUAGGUAUUUGCUUGCCAAUGGCUGAGUUGAUUUGGGUGUUACUGAAUGAUAUUUAAAUAGAUUAAAAUACUGUAUGUUUUUGUUCAAACACUGGCUGUCACAAUGAAAUAUUGAAGUGGUUUUAACGAUGAUUAUAAUGAUCAGGAGAGUACCACUAAUAAACCAGAUUUUAUUUUUGAAGAAGGAAAAUGUGAAAUACAGUAUUUCUCAUUUUAAGUUCAUGUGAACAAACUACCUGAAUUUACUAUUUCUCAACCUUGUAAGAACCUGUUAAUGUUAUUAUUCAAAGUUAUUCAACACACGCUUCAGAAAAGUUUGUGUUAGGGUCAUAUUUCUUUUUAUUGCACAUCUCUUUUUUUUUAACUAGGUGGCAGUGUUCAGUUAUUAAUGGUGAACAAAUGUUAGUUCUUAAACACUGGUUCUGAACUAGGAUGGAAAUAUUUUUAUCAAUUAAGUUCAGCUUUUCCCCAUUUUUAAAGAGGCUGCCAGUUGUUAAAAUUUAGUAUAGAUGUGGGAACAGUCAUAGAAACACUAAGAGGUAAAACUGUAACACCCUGAUGCUUCGUAAAAAGUAAAACUAGUCGGUUUGUGUUACUUUUAAAGUUUAACAAUUACUCCUGUUUGCUCUGGUACUGCAGUACAGCACAUGGUGACUAAAACAUUAUCAUUCUUCACAAGUUGCUAUCAGCUAAAUUUCACAACAGAACAGGAAUAUCACCGAUGCUCUAUGAGUUUAACUGCAUAAUGGAUUAAGUUCUUGACACUUGGCAUUGGAGAUUUUUGUUUAUAGAGCUUAUUGGUUGUUGUUUUUUUAGAAAAACCUUGGCUUCGAUUUUAAAAAAGACGACGGCUUUUUAAUGAAAUGAAAGAUAACUGAUAUCAAACAUUUCAAAAGGACAUGUUGUGAUUGCCCACGUGUAUGGUCUGUGCAAAUGUAUCAUUUCAUUGCAGUGUCUUUUUAUAAAGCUGCAAGAUAAUCUUGAUCUUAACUGGCCAUUUAUAGAAAGCCUUAAUACUAACAACAAGAAUGAAAAUGCUAUGCUUUUUGCCCAACUAAUUGGCUUAAUAUUUUGCUUCUGUGAAAUGUUUUUUUGCUUAUGUACUUCUUCUUCACAUGACUAGUGUGGCCCAAAGUUAUAUGUGUAUUUUUUCUGCUGUUGGGACUGGAAACACAAAUAUGCAAUCUUUAAUUUGUAAAAUAACUGCUGAGAUGUUUUGUUCAUUUGUUUCAUUCUUCUUCUGAAAGGUGCUUUUUAAUUUAUGGUUUAGAUGGAGUGUUUACAAAGAAUCUUUGUUUUGUACAGAAAGUAGUUCAAACAAGUGUCACAACUGAAAAGCCAGUGCUGAAAAACUGAGUUUCUUUGAAAAAAAAAUCAUUUCUAAAACAAUUGCACUGUGUUGUACAAAACCUUGCUGAAUGUUUUAGGUUAGAAGCUUUUUGUUUUGUAUUGUAUUUAUGUUUUAACACAGCACUUUUCUAUGUUCAAACCUAACCCUGAAGGACUGGUGAAUUGAAAAAUAAAAUAUUUUGUGAAUAAUCCCCAAAAGAUGAAAAGAUGGAAAAAAGAAUGAAUGUCAGAUUUCAUUUCUAUCUAUACAGCCGUUUCACUACACACUUGUCCAAGCUAUGCAUGAAAAUAAAGAGUCCAGCGGGACAUUUAAAGUG